AGUGUUGGUUUGUGCUUCUCCUUUUGUGUAAAUUGUUGAAGACAAGAAGCAAAAGAGGUCUAAAAUGCGCAGUGUGCGCAGGAUAAGAGAAAGCGGCAUUACCAAUUUUGUCAAAAAAGCUAAAGUGAACAGGAAGCGCAAAAUAGCGGCUGCAUAUAAAAAGCCUAAUUAAUCAACUCAACUGAAAAAUAAAAUUGUUGUUGUUUGCUUAAGAAAAAACUUUCCUCUCUCUCUAUUCAGCGAAAAAGCCAUUGAAGCUUCUCUUUCUCUCUCUAAAACCAGCGGAAAAAGCUUCCUUUUUUAAUCAUCUUUCAUUUUUUCUAUUAAUUUAUAAGUCAUACACAUGAAAUGUAGCUGAAAGUUUCAUACUUUACUUCAAUUCUCAUUACUCUUAAACGAAAAAGCUUCAAUUUUUACUCGGCCUUUUGAAGAAGCUGUAAUCAUUUGCUCUCUGUUUCCACAGCUUCUUUGAAUAGUGAAAACUAAAGAAAUCGCUUGAAUUUUUCUGGGUUCAUUCUAUAUCUUUUGCAAAAUUGAGCUUAGAAUUUGAGCGAUCCAUGUCGUCCGACAUAAGCUAGAGGAUUUCUUUUUUUUUCACAAUAAUUUUUCUUUCUAGAUUGAUUUUGAGAGCGGAAGUUUUUUCUUUUUGAACAAAAUCAAUGGCUAAAUGCAGUAACUAUUUCUGCUCUGAAAUCUUUGUCAUCGAUCUUGCAAGUUUGGUGCUUUGUUUUCAAUUUUGAGAUUUUUGGUGUAAGGUAGUAAAGGAGGUUUAGCUUAUUUGUCGGGGGUGGUGGUCUGAGGAAUGGGUAGGGAUCGUUUGCUUUUGGAUACAGGAGGACCACCAAUAAAGGCACGAGCUGGGUUAAGGAGAAAACAAGCAGGAAGAGGCUCUUACAGAGGAAGCUAGCUUGGUGAGAAAUUAGGGUUUUUGAUUUGGGGGUUGGUCUUAUUUAACUGACAAGCUUGGUGGUGGUGGUGGUGCUUCGUAUUAGGGUGGGUGGGGUGGUUUUAGGAAUUUUGAGAGAGGAUGGGUACUGACUUGCAUAAUACGCUGAAGGGCCUCUGCUUCAACACUGAGUGGAAGUAUGCUGUGUUUUGGAAGCUCAAGCAUCGAGCUCGCAUGGUGUUAACUUGGGAAGAUGCUUACUAUGACAAUUGUGAGCUAGAUGAUCCCUUCGAGAAUAAGUGCUUCAGAGAGACACUAGAAAACUUGUCUUGUGGGCGGUAUUCGCAUGACCCGCUUGGAUUAGCUGUGGCAAAGAUGUCAUAUCACGUAUAUUCUCUUGGGGAAGGGAUUGUAGGACAGGUAGCUGUCACUGGAAAACACCGAUGGAUCUUUGCAGAUAAGCGUGUAACUAAUUCCAUCUCAUCAUUUGAGUUCUCUGAUGGCUGGCAAAGUCAGUUUUCAGCUGGGAUCAAGACCAUUGUUGUUGUAGCUGUUGUUCCAUAUGGAGUUGUACAGCUUGGGUCUUUGAAUAAAGUUGCUGAGAAUAUGAAGCUGGUAAACCAUAUCAAAGAUGUCUUUUUAUCUCUUCAAGGUCCCUCAAUUGGGCAUGUUCCUAAUCCCCUAGAAUAUAGUAUGAAGAGUUCUAUAUAUCUGUCAGAGUUAUCCACAAAGGGUUUGCAUUCGGAAUCAGAGGUCAUUCCUCAUAGUCUAUGCAAUCUAGAUAAAGCUGCAGAUAAAGAAGGGUCAAAUAAUCAGUUGCCUAUGUUUCCUUUUUUACAAAAACAAUGUGAUAAUUCUUAUUUUUGCACCUCUCCUGGCACACAUCAUAAUACAGCAGUGGAAAUGGUAAAUAAACAUGGAGUACAUGUUUUAUCCUCACCACUGAAUGGUGAAAGUGUCAAAUUACAUCAACUUAGAUCAGAUAUUCCCUAUUUGGAGAAGCAGAAUCAAGUAGGAGUAGAUUUGAUAGGUGGCCACACGUGUGGAGGGGAGACUAGUGUUUGGAAAGAUUCAGGAGGAGGAUCAGUAACCAAUGUGCCACAGUUAGAUGAUUCUAUUAAGGAUAAUAUAAAUUUGUGUGAUGUUAUCGGUCCAGGUGAAAAGUUCAGAGUUGAUCUCACAAACUUCCCUGUUAACCUCCUUGACUCUACUAUUUCUGAUAGACCUAAGUGUGACAGCCUAGAUAAUUAUCUAAAUGAGCUGUUGAACAUGCCUGGAUCAUCAAAUGUGAACCUGAAAAAAGAUUUUGAAAAAAAGAUGAAGUAUCAAGCUGAGCCAAGCCACUUAGACACCUCAAAUACAUUUUUAAAGUUCUCUGCUGGCUGCGAGUUGCAUGAAGUGCUAGGACCAGCUUUUUCAAAAGGGUGCCUGUACUUUGAUUGCGAUGCAGAGAAGGCUGAACCUGGAAACACUGUGGAGGUGCCACAGGGGACAAGUAUUAGCCAGAUGACAUUUGAUACUGGUUCAGAAAAUCUUUUAGAAGCAGUAGUAGGCAAUGUUUGCUACAGUGGCAGUGAUGUGAAAAGUGAGAGGUCGGUAUGCAAAUCAGUGCAAUCUCUGGUAACAACAGAGAAAACGCCAGAGCCUUCUAGGCAGACUAAACCUAUCAUCCAUUCAGCUGGUUAUUCAAGUAACCAGCAGUCUGUUAUUGAAGAGGAUAUACAGAACUGCUCAAGCUCCACAGGAGUGUGUGCUGCAAUGUCUUCUAGAGGAUUUUCAUCAACUUGUCCUAGUAUCUGCAGUGAACAGUUGGAUAGGCAUUCUGAACCAGCUAAGAACAAUAAAAAGAGGGCUAGACUUGGUGAAAACUGCAGGCCUAGGCCAAGGGACAGACAACUAAUUCAAGAUCGUAUUAAGGAGCUAAGAGAGCUUGUGCCUAAUGGGGCAAAGUGCAGUAUUGAUUCCUUGCUGGAGCGCACAAUCAAGCACAUGCUCUUUCUAGAAAGUAUCACGAAGCAUGCUGACAAGCUCAAUAAAUGUGCCGAGUCUAAGAUGUAUCAGAAGGGAGCAGACAGCUCAAAUUAUGAAAAAGGUUCAAGUUGGGCAGUGGAGGUUGGAGGGCACCUAAAAGUUUCUUCAAUAGUAGUAGAGAACCUAAACAAAAACGGGCAGAUGCUUGUAGAGAUGCUAUGUGAGGAAUGCAGUCAUUUUCUUGAGAUAGCAGAAGCUAUCAGAAGCUUGGGUCUGACAAUCUUGAAAGGGAUUACAGAAGUGCAUGGCGAGAAGACAUGGAUAUGUUUCAUGGUUGAGGGACAAAAUAAUAGAGUUAUGCAUAGAAUGGAUAUCUUAUGGUCACUCGUGCAGAUAUUGCAACCCAAGACUUCAAACUAGCAACAAACACCAAUCAGCUCUUGGAGAUUGUGGUGUUGCUCCUUUGUGAAAUAGUGAGUAAUUUGUGAUCUUUGAUGGGCAUUUUUUUAGGUGUGAAACUUGUUUGUAUUCCCCCUUUUCCCGAUAAUAAAAAGGAAAGGAGGAGGAAAUGGAGGCAAACAUAUAUGUGAAGAACAUCUUACCUUUUACUUGACAGUGUGUGAAAUUAGCAUCUUUUGUUUUUUUACCCAGAUUUAAAACCAUCAUUUGUUUGGAAGUUGAAUCCUGAAAUAAUAUAGUGAGCCAUCUUGCAGUGUUA